AUGGCACUCUUUGCAUUAUGCUGCACGGCAGACAUUCCGAGCGAAAAACUCAACAAAUUCCUCCAUGAGACCUAUCGCAAUAGCAGCAAGAUGGAUUGUCAACCAAGUCUCUUUCUCAUCUCGUCUUUGAAUGAUCUUAAUGCAAGUCAAGAACUCAUCGCGAGUCAAACACCUGUGCAACCAUUCUCGUCGCCCUUUCUCGGCCAGUCUGCAGAGGACACAGCAAAACUCCUUCAGUCACACAUUAACAAGUUGCCAACCUCUAACCUCCACCCAACUCUCCUCGUCAUCCUAGACGAAGAAUCAAUAUUCUCGGAUUCUGGUCUUAUUGUCCAGAUCAAAAAUAGCGUUGUACAUUCUGUACGCGUACAUUUUGACACGAUCAAUGCGGAGUUGAUCAGGAUUAUGAUGAUCACUUUCGAUAUCAAGGAGACUCAAGGGCUUGUAGGGGAAAAUGGUGUGUUUAGGACGAAGCCGCCGGAUGAGAGUAAGAAGGGGAGACCUGCGCCGAGGAAGAAGUUAGGUUGAACUGUUCCUUAGGAUCAGAGUCUGGUUUUUCUUCUUGAGCUUAACAUAUACGCUGCAGCACUUCUGAUAAGUCUCGUGUGCGUGUUCAGAUGAGGCGGCAGACAGCAAACGAUUGAGCAAAAUGUUAGCCUUCGAUUACAGUGGUUG